AGUAAAAUACUCCGCUCCCACACUCUCCCGACCAAAAACAAACACUCCCCGUCUUGAGCUUUCGCCGCUUCUCCCUUCCAAAACCCCAACGCCCUCGCCGUCACCGGCCUCGACGACGACGCAGCGGACUCCACGAGAAUGCUCCGGGAGGGGUGUGCGCUGCGCGAGCGCUGCAGGAUCGCCGGCGGUGGCCUCGUCGAUUGCACCCCAUCGGGUAGUGGCGGCGGCGCGGAGGAGCGGCAGGUGCUCGGGGUGGUGGUGGGGAAAGGGUGUUUGAAGCGGCUGGCGGGUGAUGGAAGCGGCGGGGGUUCUGGUCCCAGCAAGAAGGUGAGCUUUGUGCUGGAGCCCCACGUGCGGGUCAUUUCGCCACGAGCUGUUGUCAGGGCAAGGGGGAGGCCAGAGGGUGGAAAGCGUGUUCGUGCUGGUGGUGGUACUGCCGUAGUUGCAGGCGAUGAUGCUCCAGUCAGGCGAUCCAGGAGGAAUGUGGUGAAUUUGGGCGCUGGAGUUGAGCUUGAGCAGGUAACUGUAGCUGUUAGUAACUCUGCUGAGGCCGAAGAAGAUGGGGUGGCAGAAGCUUUUGACAGGAAGCGGAAGAGGGAGAGCGGUGAGAGUUCAGAGCAUAUGGCUGUUGGUCCACGGAUGGGAGCUCCUUGUAGAAUCACGAGGUCGAGCGGCCUCCUGUUGGCAGCCCCUUUCGUGUGGUCUCCUGUGAUUGAGAAGAAGAGAAGGCGGAAGAACAUGGAAGAUGAGACAGAACAAACAUGUGUUGAGGAGGAGCAACCUGCUGAAGUUCAAUGUUUGGGUACAGCAGUAAAUUCUGAACUGGUGACAGCACAAGAAGAUGAACCUGCAGCGCAGAAGGUUGCUAGGGUUGAAGAUGCGUUGGUGCCCAUUUUCGUUGAGAACAAGACAGGGAGGAAGAUUGAAGAUGCCCACUCUGAUGGUAAAGCGCUGGAGAUGCCUAAAAAUGAUGACCCUGUUCCCAUUGCCUUAAGGGAUAAAGCUGUUCAGGGUAACAACAUCGUGGUGGAGGAAAGUCAUUUCGGCAAGGAAGUGCAGAACAGGAGUCAACCCAGUAGACCAGAUACUCGCAGCAACAGACAUCAGCAGCUUGCAUUUUCAGUAGAGAAAGAAUAUCAAGAACAUGUUGCUGCUCCCCAUAAGGGCCACCCACUUAGGCAAUCACGGCGAAACCUUUCCGAGGCCAAUGGAUUGUUGAACAAUAACAGAACUUCAGAAAGAAACAACUGUAGCAGAGUAUCAGAGGAGAGCAAUGGCUUGAAAAUAGCCCACUCAUGCAUGCACAAUACGGCAAAGGAAGAUGACCAAUAUGGCAGAGCUAAGGGUUGUGCUGGUGCAGAAAAGCAGAUGGUCGGGGUGGUAGCGAGGAAAGGGUGUUUGAAGCCUCUAGGUGGUGGUGCGAGCAGCAGGAACUCCAAUGCUGCAAAAAAUGUGACUUUUGUGUUGGUGGAGCAGGCGGAGGCGGAUGGGAUGCAGUUCGGGGGGAGACCACUGGUGAUGUGGUCACCAAUUGCUGCCAGGACAAGGUGUAGGCGGAAGACCAGGAUGAUUCUUCCUGGUGCUGAAGCAAGCAGAGGGGAACAUCAGCUGACGCAUGUUCAAGUUGGUGGUCAUUCUGUUACCGAAGGUGAUGCUCGAGAGAUCGCUUCAGACGCUCCGUUGAGGUGGUCAAGGAGGAAUGCAGUUGAAUGCGGUGUUGGCGAUGUAGUUCAGAAGGUUACUGGAGCUGUAAGUCGGAGUAACGCUACCAGGGCUGAUAAAGAAGAGGGGGAUGUAGGACAAGCAUUCGACAGGAAGCAGAAGACCAGCGAGAAUGCUGGGGAUCUAGUUAUCAGUGCUCAAGUUGGAUUUUCUCGUAUCUUGUCACCAGCCUCUUUCCUGUAUUCUUUGUUCUUGAGAAGAACAUAGGACGGAGGUGGGCAGAGUAUGGAGGCAAUAGCCGUGGCAGCGCAUGGAGAGGCACGAGUGCACGACGGAGGACCGGUUGUAAUAAUGAAGGAUGGAAAUAACACAAGAGCUCUUGCAUUAAAUGUUUGUCAUGUUUUAUGCAGGAUGCUUGAAUCAAAACUGCUUCUUGGUAAAAGAAUUUUGGAGAUAUGGUUACUUUCUGAUUAAUUUUGCUCUAUUCUUUUCGUAAACAUACCAUUUUUUGUGAUAUCUCAGUAAUGAGAAUACUUGAAUGCUUACUUUGUUUAUUACUUUACUUAUCUGGAUAUAAAGGUGUGCAUUGCUUAUUGGUAUUGCAUAUGUGACUAAUUUUCCCAAUUCUCGGUACCCAUGUUUCUCUCGUUUCAGAUGUUAUGCUUUCUGUUACAUGGUUCCAUUAUUAGAUUUAACUCUGCAUAUCCUCUGUUCACAACUGAUGGGCACUGAUCAGUGAUCACAAAGCAGUUCGAUGUAACUCCAGUUACUUCUAUGUCAAUUUUUCCAGCAACUUAUCGGCUAAUGAGACAAAUGUGAAAACAUUGAGUUUUCCUGCUUAUACUUUUUUGGUCAAUAGAGGUACAGGAAUCUCACUUCAUUUUAGACUUUUUUCUGCUGAGAACUGAAGAUUGACCAGGAUAUGCACAAAGAUGUUUUCAUCUGUAUCCGUAGCAUCACUAUUAGGAUUGCAAUUGAUGGUAGGCCUCAGUUAAAUUCCUUCUGAGCAUAUUGGCUUUCAAAGAAUAGAUAUGACAAUACUGUUAUCUUCCCUUGCUUGUUCUAUUCCGAAGCCAAUUGCACCUAG